CUCCUCCUCCUUCUCCCUCAACAUCCCCACCCUAGCACCCUCGUUCCAUCCUAAUGAAGUCCUUCGCUUCGCUCACACUCUUUUCACUCACAGCCGCCGCCACCUUCGCCAGCGCCGCGCUGACCCCGUCCCGCACGCAGUCCACCGCGCGCCACGCCGAGCAGCUGCAGGCUGCCGCGCGUGAUGCCGCACGCGGCGACAUGGCUGCGUACAACCGUGCCUUCGAGCCGGUGACGAACGCGAAGCGCAUGGCGCGCGGUCUGCCCCCGCUCAAGCCCCGGCGUCGCGGUGCCCACACUGCCCGCGACGCGGCGUCGUCGACACCCGCCCAGCUCGCCCAGCGCUGCAACAUCGCGGUCACCUCCCUGACCACAGGCAACUCUCUCGGGUUCAUGAACCGACAGACGGCGAACUACAUCUUCUACGACUUUUUGUCCGCGACGCAAACCGCGGCGGACACGAUGAUCGUGAGCUUCGGCUACACACCGGGGCAGGUCAGCCGGGGACUCGACCUCCGCGUCGAGAACCCCGCCACGUCGUUCAUGAACUACUUCGGCGCGAUCGCGUACCAGGGCCAGAGCGCGAGCAUCGCUGCGGGCGCCCAGGUCGCGCCCGCGACGCAGUCGAGUGGCUUCGAGAGCGCCGUGUGGACGUACGACCCCGCCAGCGGCAACAUCGGCGCGUUGUGGUACGACCCGGCCUCCGGCACGACGAUCGACUAUGACAUCUACUACCUCGGCGGCUCGUUCCUCACCGCGGCGUCCCCGCCUACGGGCUUCGGGACCAAUGUCAUGCCCGUGAAAUUCACUUGUGUCAUGCCACCAGCCAUCCCGCCUGCUUGAGUCGCGCACUAGACAGCUCUCGCAUACCAUAUCUCUCUCCGACAUAGUCUAUAUUACGCGCACGCUAAUAUAACAACUACACGUGCCUUCACCCUCUUUUCACAUGUCUAUCACUGCCAGUCGCUGUGUUCGUCCAACAGCCAGUGCAACGAACUGUGUCUCGUAGUUCAGAACUAUCGCAAUCGCAACGUCUUCAGAUCUAGUAAAGUUAGCUUGAGCGUCGUUACCCAUGGCCGCACCCUCGCUCGAGAGCUGCUGCUGAUCUGAUAAAAUUUAGAAUGAAGGAUUCAUGUGAAAAAACACCGUUCAAUUCCCCCGGAACCCGGCCCGACCAUGAGUGGAACAGUGGCCUCAGACACGGGAGUUGUCAAGUCCGCAUUGUCCUUUACUGAGACCAGAUGCAUAGCGCACGGUUGUCACCGCGCGCCAGUGCACCUAAUCCGGCCCUCCAGCUCAUGCUCGCGCGACUCCCGACCCAGAGGAGCACCACUCAUGUGGAUUUGGGACGCCGGUUUGCCAGACCGCGGCGCCGUGCGAGGCUUGGGCUUGCCAGGCCACAAGCUCGUGAGUCUAGACGACGGCUUGUCAGACCGACGUCGUAGAACGCCCCCAGAACCCGAAAUCCUGACGCCGGGUUGCCAGUCCGCGCGUCAGGGAGUGAAAAACUGCUUAUAAACGAACCCGAGAGACGAUCAUCGUCUCGGUCGCAGGUGAGAUUGGAUUUUUGAAUGUGAAGAGGAAUGCCAACUCACAGAGAUGCUGUGUAGAUCCUACCUCCACGAUUCUUCAUCGACCACUCGUUGCCCCGGUCGAUUCGACCAAUAUUAGCUUUUUUUCACCAAUCUGGUACACCACGAGCGAGGGCCUUGACGAGUACGAUCAUCGACAGGCUGGGAUGGCAAAUCAGGGGGCCUGCGGUGGAAAUGGUAGCCAGGUUUACCGAAAUAAGAUCUAAAUCCUGCAGACCCGCUCACUUACCCCACGUAGAUCCAUUUCAAAAGGCGCGGACACACGCAACCCAAUCCUCCUACCUGUUAGUACAUCUCAGUGACGAGGAGGGCUCCAUCGACGUCACCGGACAUACCGACCAACCACCCCCGCUCCCGCCUCAUCACCCUCCGCCCGCGCUCCCCGCCUCCUCACUCCCUCCCGAACCUCACAGGUACUGGGGCACGGCUGACGCACAAGACUGCGCGUCGCGCCGUUUAUCCGCCAGCCAAAUCAGGUACCCUUUCACAGUCGGCAACGUCGGCCGCGCAUGUGCAGCAACACUAACCAUCUGCAGCUUCGGUGGGGUGGUGGGUGCCGUCGAGUCCACCGAGCUCUGCGUCGUGGCAGAUGAGGCGGACGCGAGGAGCGAGGACGAGUCAUCAGAGCACGACGAGUUGUCCGAGUCCGACGGCGCCUUGGGCGGGACGACCGGGACAGCAGCUGGAGCAGAGAAAGCCGCGACAGCGUCGACUACGAACACAUCAAUCUGCUGCACGUGCAGACGAAACUCGUGUAGUGUCGGGCGCAGCUCUGGGUCCCGCUCGAAACACACCCGGAACAACGCGGUGGCCGGGUCCGCGAGACGCAGCUUCGUGCGCAGGUAGCCGUCGGGGUCGCCGCUGAAGCGCGCGAAGUGCCGGUCGUCGCUGUGCGCCGCGCCCCAGGGCAGUUUGCCCGUGGCCAGCACCAGGAGGAGGAUGCUGCACGCCCAGAGAUCGUUCGAUCGAGGCGAGUACGUGCCGCCAGCCAAGUCGGGGUCCAGAAUCUCUGCAUCGUCGGGCGGUGAGCAUCCAACGAGGGCGGACGACGUGCACAGGGCAACGUACCGGGACUCAUGUAGAAGUGCGUCCCGAACCCGAACUCGUUGGACACAACAUCGGUGGUGGCCAGCCCAAAGUCGCAGAUCCGGAUGUUGCUGCCGUCCAGAUCGCACAGGAUGUUCUCCGGCUUGAGGUCGCGGUGAAACACGCCGCGGUCGUGGAGGUACUCGACCCCGUCUAGGAUCUCAGACAUCGCCCGCUUAGCCCGGCCCAGCUGCCCCCUAAACACCUUCCGCUCAAUCAUCGCCUCGAACAGAUCGCACGCGGACAGCUCGACGACGGCGAAGACGUGCUGCGCGGUGCGGAAGGAGCGGAAGAACCCCGCGAUGUGGCGCCCGCUGCGCACCGCGUGGUGCGUGCGAAGUUCGUUCACCACGAUCGCCUCGGAGCGCGAGCCCGCGGGGCUCCUGCGCAUGCACUUCACGGCGACGAGGCGGGGCGGGGACGUGCAGCAGUCGGGGCUGGCGGAAUGGUCGAUGGCCUUGUACACCAUGCCGUGCGUGCCGGCGCCGAGCAGUUUAGUGAGCUCGAACCGGCCGUCGUCGAUUUCGGUGUUAACGAGAUUGGGAAGAGCGAGCAAAGACAUUGGAUGAAGGUGAAAAGAAAUGAAGUGUAGUUGAUGAAGCGGUACGAGCACAGCUGCGAAGGAAGAGGAUGCAAGUGGAAAGUAAGAAGAUUUGGUGCUUCAGGAGUCUUCAUCGUAUUCUUAUAUGCGCCGCCGCGGCAACGAAAUUCUUCGAAAAUCAAAGUGUUGCCUUGCUUGACAAGGCUUCUCCACCCCAAUAAUUUGCAUCAAUAUAGUGCCG